UAUGUAUCAGUAUGGAUGGAUGUCAUGCUAAUAACCAUUAAUUAGUAGUAGAAUACAUCAGCAGAUGAUGCUGAAGAAAGGGAGCAAGCAGACUUUAUGGGUACUACCUCCAGUAUAAACUACCAUCAGCAUUAGUGUAUUAUAACAAUGUGCAUUAAGGGAAAAUACUGGCACAGGCUGGCCAGGACAGUGAUGAAGUCACCAUCCCUGGAAGUGUUCAGAAAACAUGUGUAUGUGGCACUUGGGGACAUGGCAUAGUGGUGACCUUGUCACUGCUGCAUUAAUGGUUGCACUCCAUGAUCUAAAAGGGCUUUUCCCAAUUUUUUACAAUUCUGACCCUUUAUUAUGAAAAGUGAAAAGGAAAGGAGGAGGGGCUACCAAAUUUCCAUCGUUUGGUGUUAAAGAAGGAAAACACUACUUACACUUUUCAGUUAAUUUGCCACAUCAGGCGAAGGCAUGAAAAAGCAGGAUCCACUGGGUCUACCUGAGGCUGAAGGGCACUAACAAGCAGCUAUUAUUUAUUUGGCUAAAUCCUGUAACCCGAGACUUUGUGAUGCACACGAGACAGGUGAAUGCUGCUGGAUAAGAGCCUCAAGCAGCCAGACUAAAGAUUUGAUGAAAUGCUCCUGUUAUGAUACUUUGCAGCCUGUGGAAGUUGGUUACCUGAUCCUCUGCUGUACCUGAGCCUCAUUGUUGCAGCUUUUAAUAACUGAAUAUCCAGACGACCUAUAAAGGUGCCUUUGAGGAAAGAACUGACAAGAGUCAGUAUUCCCAGCUCAAAAUGGGCAACAAGCAAACCAUUUUCACUCAAGAGCAACUGGAUGCAUAUCAGGACUGCACAUUUUUCACAAGGAAAGAAAUUCUGAGGCUGUUUUACAGGUACCGAGAUCUGGCCCCACAGCUCGUUCCCCUUGACUACUCCGACAAACCAGCCGUGACACUCCCCUACGAGCUCAUCGGCAGCAUGCCAGAGCUCAAGGACAACCCAUUCCGGCAGCGGAUAGCAGAAGUGUUCUCAGAGCACGGAGACGGCAAUAUGACUUUAGAUGAUUUUUUGGACAUGUUUUCUGUGUUAAGUGAAAUGGCUCCCAGAGACUUGAAAGCUUAUUACGCUUUUAAAAUUUAUGACUUCAACAAUGAUGAUUACAUAUGCAAAUCAGAUCUGGAGAAAACUGUCAACAAAUUAACCCGAAAUGAACUGACCCCAGAAGAAGUCAACCUUGUGUGUGAAAAGGUGAUUUACGAGGCCGAUGUGGACAACGAUGGCAAGCUGUCCUUGGCAGACUUUCAGCAUAUGAUCAUACGAGCUCCAGAUUUCCUCAGCACCUUUCAUAUUCGAAUCUGAAUCUAGUCAACCAUGGGGACAGGAACGCUUCUGGGACUUGCAACAACUGUUACUUCACCUGAGAUUACCAACCAUGAAAGCACAAGAUGAGAGGGCCAAAGGGGACAAUUUCUGGUACCUGAACCAGCCAGAGAACUGUCUUUCAUUUAUGUCCUUUAAAGGAACAAUUCAUUAAGCUCUUCAUCAGGAUUUCCCUGUAAUUUAGCAAAAUGUCUAUUCCCUAUCAUCAGAUAAAACAAACCUGGCCUGGGCAGUCAGAAGGGGAGAAUUUUUUUUUUAAAAGUUCACACACCACCAGGUAGUAAAGGAACUUGUAUCAAGCUAUAACCUCUAAAAAUUCACCUAAAAAUACCUUAACCAGAAAAAAAAUCCCUUUAGUUUCAAAAACGUAACUCCUAUUGUUAUUUAUGGUCUUAACAAAUGGUCCAGUCAAUCAAUUCCUUAAGUGUUCUCCCACAGUGCAAGAUUAACAAUGAAAAAGUCAGCAUAGUUUAGAGACAAGAGUCUACCCCAGGUCCUGUCCCUCUUCUUCAUUUUCAGAAAUCUCCUAUUUUCCACACCCACCAGGGUGCCUAUAUACUAAUAAUGAAAAGGACUGAAAACUUAAGUUUGCAAAAUUCUCUUUUCAAAAGAAGUUUAUUUAUGCAGUGUUCAGGGUCCUGUACAAGAGAGUAAAAACAGACAUACUGUAAUAAACAAGUUUUGUUUUAAUACAAACAUGAAAAUCAAUGAGAAGUGUUUAAGAAAGCAGUUGUAAUGUGGAAAGGGUGGCAGCCAAAAGUGAUCAUUCAAAAAAUACAAUUUACAGUUAUUUUUACAAAUCUUGGGAUGCAUUAAACUCCCUUCAAAACAAAGCUGUAAGUCCUAACUCACACUCAAUGUAGAGCAGAUGAUUCCUGCAGAAAGGCUGGAGAGACCAGUUAACCAGCCAGUUACCUUUAUUAACCACAAACCUCCAGGGAUCAGUGAAGGAUGGGUCAGGUAAUAAGGCAGCCUGGAACACUCAGACUGCAGUUACCAUUCACGUUCCUUUGAACAGAUCUUUAAUUAAGCUAGAAACGAAGACACAAGUUAGUCAUCAUUCUUCCCCAAGCCCCUCAACUUCUACAAGUACAAAGGAGCCCAUCCUCACACAGCUGCUUGUGCAUAUCAGCAUCUCAUAUGAAAGGAGAGAUCAAAUAAUUUUCAGCAGCAG